GCAGCGGGGCCUUAUGGCUUCAGCGUUGACAACGCGCAUGCGCUGCCGGCUGCGCCCCCGUGCAUUGGCCGCCCGGCGGCGCGCGCUGCCCGGCCCAGCCCGGCCCAGCCCGGAACCUCUAUGGCGGGCGCGGCCCGCUGUGCGCGGCCGGGGUCUGCGCCGCUGUGCGGGGUGCGCGGCGCCGGUGGCGGACUCGGGCCCGGCGGGUAGCUCAGGUGAAAAGCUGAUUGAAGGGCAAGUCAUUGAACUUGAAGAUGGGACCACAGCUUAUAUCCAUCAGGUGACAGUUCAGAAAGACGCUGUGGCUUUUGAAGAUGGGCAGCCAGUGGUACUGGAGGAUGGCAGCAUGGCCUUCAUACACAGCACAGCUAAAGAGAGUUAUGAGCCUGGCACAUUCCAGGCUGUCCAGCUAGAGGAUGGCUCCACUGCCUACAUCCACCAUCCUGUCAUCGUGGCACCUGGCAGCACCAUCCUGGAAGUGCAGACAGAAACUGGGCUCAAAGAGUUGGCUGGGGAUGAGGAAGAUGAUGGCUUUGAUGUGGACACCAUUAAUGCAUUGCAGCAGUAUGGCAGGAAGGGGUCUGAUGAGGAAGAAGAGGGAGUGACAGACACCUGCCAUAUGAAGAGUAAGGACUCCAGCAACAUCCCUUCCCAGGAUUUGCAGGAGGAGGAGGAGGUGCAAAACAACAGGAAGGGGCAGCAGGUUGGCAGCAGAGCUUUCCACUGUGGGUACAAAGGCUGUGACCACCUCUACACCACUGCCCACCACCUCAAGGUACAUGAACGUGCUCACACAGGUGACAGGCCAUACACAUGUGACUUUCCAAGUUGUGGGAAAGCAUUUGUUACAGGGUAUGGGCUGAAGAGCCAUGUGAGAACACAUACAGGUGAGAAACCCUACAAGUGUCCAGAAGACAUGUGUAGCAAAGCCUUCAAAACCUCCGGGGAUCUGCAGAAACACUUCCGCACGCACACAGGUGAGCGUCCCUUCAAGUGCCCCUUCGUGGGCUGUGGCCGCUCCUUUACCACGUCCAACAUCCGCAAGGUUCACAUCCAGGCGCACACGGGCGAGCGGCCCUACGUGUGUGCAGAGCCUGGCUGUGGCAGGGGCUUCACCAGUGCCACCAACUACAAGAACCACAUGAGAAUCCACACAGGAGAGAAGCCAUACCUGUGCACCGUGCCAGGCUGUGGGAAGCUCUUCACAGAGUACUCCAGCCUGUACAAGCACCACGUGGUGCACACACACUGCAAGCCCUACACAUGCAGCAGCUGUGGCAAGACCUACCGCCAGACCUCCACACUGGCCCUGCAUAAGCGCAGCAGCCACGGCGAGCUGGAGGCCACCGAGGAGAGCGAGCAGGCCCUCUACGAGCAGCAGCAGCUGGAGGCUGCUGCGGCUGUUUACAGAGGCUCUCCACUGAGGAGUCAGCAUAUUGCUUUCCUGUCAGAGAGGGAGGAAGAUGAAGAGGAAGAUGCUGUUCCUACACAAGUCUCACUUAUCUCUCAGGAUGGGACAGAGCAGGUAUGGACAUGGACAGCCUCCAGCAUGUCAGGGACAGCAGUUAUUAUCUGAAGUGAGAUUCUGUCUCUACUCAGCCAUGGUGUUCUUUGCAGACCCUUUUUCCAGCAUUUUUUCAGACCUUGGAGCUUCCUGGGCUCUUUCUGCCCUGAGGCCUCCCUCCUACAGCCUCACCCACUGCUGCAGUGUUGGUUUGAGGGUUCUCUGGCCCUGAUGCCCCCUUACUGAUGUGGUCUCUGGGUGUUUGUGACUGGCAGCCCUUGGCUCCCUGCAGCUCCCCAGCUCUGCUGACCCAGGCUGGAUCUGGAGAUGUUUUGUCAUCACAGCAGUGCUUUUCUUGUACUUCCCUCCACCAGCUGCCCCUGUGCUGACUGGAAAAAACUUCCUUCUGUGGCACGAGGCAAAGGAAACAGCUGCCACCAGUGACCUGUUUCCUCUUAGCCUGAGAUGCUCCUGAUGCUGCAAUGCACAAAGUUGUCUCCGUUCAGGCUUGAGACAAAAGGCUGAAUGGGAAGGGGAGAUAUGGUAGAAGGAGGAGGGCUGAAGACCCAAGCUCUGACUUCUCUGUCAUCAGUUUUAUCUGUGGCCCUGGGCAACGUCCUUGGAGUUCCCUGUGCCUUGAGUCUUGUAGAGACUGUUUCCUCCUUUCCCAGACAUUGCUGAACUCAGGAGUUGCCUAAGACUCCCUGAGCAUCUGCUGUCAUCCCCAGGUCAGUCUGUCUCAGGAAGAGCUGCAGGCACUGGGCAGUGCCAUCAGCAUGGUGACGCAGAGCAAGGCCCUCGCUGUGCCUGAGGGAGAGCUGGCCAGUGGUGACAC